AUGCCUCCAUUAUUCAGUUAUCAAUUAGUUUUUAAAGACAAGGCAUAUCGAUUAUGUUUCAAUUACAAUUUAAAUGCAGAUGUAGAUGUGAUCGGUAUUUCUCAUGAGACACUUAGACGUCGUGCUUUGAAUUACGUUCAUGAAGCACGAUACACUUUGAACAAUUUACGCAACAUUUUGAACCAAUUAAAAAGAGUUAAUCAAAAGGAAUUGGACACUGAAACAAUUUCAUCGAUACAAACAUCAUUACUUCACUAUCGACAGAAUAUGGAGGAAACUAUUUCACACUUUCAAAUUAUACUUAUUAAACUAGGUGAAUUAGAUGAAUUUUCACAAAUCAGAGCGAAUGGCUUAAAUAAGCUUUCACAGCGAUUACAGGAGAAGAUUCAAAAACAACAGAAUCCAUCAGAUUGUAAAAAGGCCAAAUAUGUAACAUUAGACUUCACUAAUCUGUGUGGAUUGGGUUGUCGCAUUCAUCAACUCAUGUACUGCUUACAAUUGGCUCUUGAAAAUGAGCGUGUUUUUGUAUUAAAGAAACAUCAUUCUGGAGACAUAUUUCGAGAAUGGCUUCAUCAGAGCAUGUUACCACUUUCUGACAAAUGCAGUUACUUGGACUCAGAUGGUAGAUCAGAUAACAUCGAAUGUCUUCAUAUUCGAAAGGCUUUCACCAAUCAUGAAUGGUUACCACAUGUUCUCCCGAAAGAUAUGAGUGAAGAAUUACUGCGUUUACAUGAGGCACCCUUUGUUUGGUUUGGUGGUCAACUAGCAGCCUACAUUAUGCGUCUAAAGCCACAACUUGCACAAUUAAUCAAUGUAACCUUGAAGAGCUUUGAAACCAUUGGUGAUCCUGUUGUUGGCGUGCAUAUCAGGCGUACCGAUAAGGACAUGAAUGUGGAGACAUUUGGAUCAGUUUCUAAAAGAAUCAUUGGAAGAGAAAAUUCCGUUCAGGCUAAGCGAAGUGUUUACUUGUCGACAGAUGAUCCGAAUGUUUUUGCUCAACUGACCUACAGUUAUCCAAACUACACUGUUUAUGGUAGUCAAAGUAGAUCGCAGUCAGCUAAUAUGAAUACGCGGGUGUCAGUUAGUUCAUUGAAUAAUGCAAUCAUUGACAUCAUUGCACUUUCAAUGACGGAUUUCCUUGUGUGUACACUUUCAUCGAAUGUCUGUCGUUUAGCCUAUGAGUUAAUGCAAACACGUCAUGUAGAUUUGGGUGAUGCAACACAAUUAGUUCAUUCAAUCGAUAAGUUAUUCCAUGAAGAAGAUUACCAAAGAAUGAAAUUUGAUGUGAUCAUUCCAGAUAUGAAGAAUAGUCCACCUACUACUAGACUGAUUGUCGACAACAAAUCAUCCAACACCCGUAUACUUCGUCAAUAUAGCAGUAAUAAUAAUUGUACAUUUACUUUGUUAAGUGAUGAUGAGGAUGAGAAUGUAUAUCCGCAAACAAACAUUGCUACCGAUAAAUUCCUAAACUUCGGUGAUGAUGUAAACACUAGUGAUGAAGACAAAGAAGGUGUGAAUUUAAAAAAAUUGAAAGCGAACGAAGUUUACCAUUUACGGUAG